AUCCUGUAUCCAGAUGAUAGAAAACCAUCUCUAUAUACCGGACAAUUCGGAGAUUGCAAAGGUUCGAGUGCUGUCAAUGUCACUCGCUUCGAUGCUGCAUACUACAAAGACAACAUGACCGUGCUCUUUCAUUUGGCGGGUAAUACGGCCAUUGCUAAUGAAAGCUUGAUGAUGUAUAUUGGCGUCUAUGCAUACGGCGAAGGUCGUUUUGAUUUGACUUUUGAUCCUUGCAGCGCGAACAUUGCGAGUCUGUGCCCGCUCAAUGCGAGCAUACCUAUUGAAGCCAACGGUAUCAUCCCUGUUGCACAAUCCGAUGUUGCUGCCAUCCCUCCUAUCGCACUCGGAAUCCCGGAUUUUGAGGGUGAAGCCAUUCUCCGUAUCUUUUCAAACUCGACACAAGCCGAGAUUGGCUGCUACUCGGCUGUAGUAACCAACGGUGCUACUUUCUCGCAGCCCAAACCUGUUGGAACUGUGCUUGGAGUCUUCGCCCUCAUUGCUCUACUGGCUUCAUUUGCGACUGCUGUCUACGGUGACAGCGUGCCUGUUAUGCGCAAGCACUACGCUCACUCGCUCUCUGUCUUGGUCGUGUUUUCUGUCUUCCAGCAUGUCUUCUUCACCGGAGCUCUUUCAAUGAACUGGCCUAGCGUACUUGUUGCUUGGUGGAGCAAUUUCGCUUGGUCAGGAGGCAUGAUCUACUCAAGCUCAAUGCAACGUUCCAUCAACAAACUCAUCGGAAACAACCUCGGCAAUACUUUACACGUCGGUGCUGCUGGCUCGGGAACUAAUCAAGAUAAUGUUGGAGGUGGCUUCGACAUCUCAUCAAUCUACAGAAGAGACCAGUUGUUCAAGCGCGACCUUGUCAAUAAGACUACAGGAUUCACAUGGUAUGGGCAGCCCGUCCAAGCAGGUCUGCCUCUGCCCGGUAACUACUCUGGCUUUGCUGGUACUCUUGCUCAAGAGAAUAUCCGCAUCUCCAAUGCCUUCAUGACUGGAUUCUUGUGGCUUCUUAUUCUUCUGGUAAUCCUUGUCGCUAGUGUUAUCGCUUUCAAGUGGGUCCUCGAAGCCUUCGUCGCCAUCAAAAUCAUGAAAAACGAGCGGAUGACUUUCUUUCGCAAACACUGGAUCGGUUACACCACCUUGGUUGCUUUGCGAACUUUGUUCAUCGCGUUCUUCAUGAUGAUGUUCUUGACCAUGUUUCAAUUCUCAUACCAAAGCUCUGGUGGAGUCAAAGCAGUCGCAGCCAUCAUCUUUAUCUUGUUCUUUAUCGGCAUACCUGCAUGUGUCGCUUACGCCAUCUAUGUCGGCUUGGCAUCACAGGGUACUGUUCGUAAAUCCGAACAUCCCGUCGAACAAGUUGAAGCAAGGCAGCCGCCUAAGUUUCUUGCAAAGUUCGGCAUCACGAAAUCUAUCUCGACGUACUCGUUCCGUCGUCAGUCAGCGCAUCUGGAGGAAGACCAUGCGUCGAUACACGAUGACGAAGAGUAUGUCAAGAAGUUUGGAUGGCUUGCCGCUCGCUUCCGUCGUACACGCUGGUGGUUCUUUGCUGUUUGGACGCUCUACGAGUUCAUCCGUGCAUGCUUCUACGCUGGAGCUUCGGGUCAACCGAUGACCCAAGUCUUCGGCCUAUUGGUCGUUGAGUUUCUGUUCUUCGCUUUCAUCCUUUGGGCUAGACCCUUCGAGGGCCAGCGUCUGAAUGUGCUCGUCGUGUACCUACUUGGUUUCAGCAAGGUUGCAACUGUGGCUCUAUCUUCUGCAUUCAAUGUCGCUUUCAAUCUGGAGCGCAUCACAACGACCGUCAUUGGCAUCGUUAUUAUAGUCAUCCAAGGCGUUCUGGUCAUCGUCACCAUGAUAGCCAUUCUUGUCGGGGCUUUCUCAUCCUACAUGUCCAUCACCCGGAAUCACGACGACUUCAGACCAAGGAGAAUGGCAGGCGUCCGCGAGAAAUACUUCAAGCACCUCGAUCGCACUGCUACCGACGUCCCGCGGCCACCCAAGCCUGAACCAGUCGAGAUCAUUCCUGAAUAUACACCACGCGCAUCGUAUUUCGCUCUGCCAAUGAGGUCGCAAACACCAGGCAUGGACGGCGAGUCGUCUCAGACUCCUGUUCGCCGAGGACGGGCAGCUAGCGGAGUGAGCUACAGAAGCGCAAGUGGGAGCUAUUCGAAUCUUCCUCGUGGAGCUCGUCUUCAUCGCCCUAGUUGGACUUCGCGAGACUUCUCAGAAACACGGGAUGAUUACUCCGGAACGCCCAUUGACAUGAGUAGGAACGUGCCAGAAGACGACACUGCGAUGGCCACUCCAACAAGGUCUGAAUCGCGCACUCCUAAGAGGCGAUCGGUGACCAUGCCGAUCUCAAUGCCUCCUCCAAUGCCUAAUCUAGACGAACUACAGAUCGGUGGGGAUCGCAGCUCAUUGAAUGUGAUUGGCGACGUACCCUCACCAAUUGUUAGACCACGUUCGGGGACGUUUAGCGGAAGCCGUACCAACACACCCACUCCAGGAGACAGAAACUCGGUCCAUACAAGAUCGACAACACUCGACAUGCCAGCUCGAGAUAACAGAGGACCUCUCACACCUGCUGUAGAGCGUGAUGAGGAGCCCUUCAACUGA